AUGUACAACAAGUUCAAAGAUUAUAGACUUCAAGUUGCAUCCAUUAGGAACCGGACCAACCCGCUGGUCGUAUGCCAAAACGCCCAUGAUUCUGUAAUCGGCGUUAACGUUCAAUUUUCACCAGUGGAUCCCAAAGAAAAUACUAUUAGAUUAUCGACAGAUAUGAACGUAAAAUUUACGUCUAUGGAAAUAUCUGAUUCUUCCACAGUACGGAGAAUUAAUACUGAAUUAGUUCCAGAACGUUAUUUGGUUACGAUAGGCGGAGUAGAAGGAAAUCCUGGUCGUGGAACUUUAGGAAAUUGGUUUAAUAUUGACAAGUACGAGGAUGCUUACAAACUUGUGUAUUGUCCUGUUGUUUGUGAGACAUGUAGACCGUUUUGUGGAGAAAUUGGUGUACUUGAGGAAAAUGGAAAAAGAGUUCUGUUUGUUGGUAGAGAUCCACCUCUCAAAGUUACAUCUCAAAAGGCCUAGAAUUAUUAACAUUUUAUGCUAUGGUACUAAUGUAUCAGUGAAUAAAUUUAAUAAGGAAGAGUAAGUCUUGUAGUAGUGUUGAUAAUGUAAUGGAAUAAUAAAGAUUGUUACGACUUGUAUUCGUGAAAUAAUUACUGUUAUAGUGUAUUAUA